AAAAUGGUUGGUAUAUAAGAAUGCCUAGAAUUAUACUAUCCCGCAAUUUGGCUUUUCCUUCUACAUUCUACAAGUUUCCUUACGCUAGAUACACAUUUAACAGAUUCAUUAUGACUUCAUGUAGGACAAAUAACCGUAAAGUCGAGAUAUUAUGCUCUUCCAUGUCGUCAAAUGUGGACAAGAAAGUAAGCCUGUCCAUUCGAGGACUCGCCCCAAAACAGAAGAUCACUCUACGAGCAAGACUGUGUGGAGACUCCAACGAUAGAUUUCGUUCGAUAGCUUACUAUCUUGCAGACAAAAAUGGUCAAGUGAAUUUGAACUCAUCGGAUUCUCUUGGAGGGUCAUACACUGGCGUAGAGCCGAUGGGUUUUAUGUGGGCAAUGAAACCUGAACCGGGUCAAAAACCCGGUAGAAGACUACUGAAAAGAGAUGUGACAAAGCCUUAUUUAGUAAAUAUCGAUGUUCUGGAUGGACAUGUAGAUGCUGACAAUGAAGAGACACCAUUAUCUAGUUUGACAAUCAAGAGGUAUUACAUGGGAAGUGGUGUUAGAAGGAUUGAGGUGAAAGUUGGUCGGAUCAGGGGGAGUCUGUUUUUGCCGCCUGGAGAUGGGCCCUUCCAAGGUGUCAUUGAUCUUCUUGGAUCACAUGGAGGACUAGUGGAAUUCAAAGCAGCUCUGUUGGCCUCCAACGGCUUUGCAGCCAUGGCAUUAGCCUAUUUUAAUUACAGCGAUCUGCCAAAGGCUUUACAAGAGAUUGAACUUGAGUACUUCCAAGAAGCAGUGGAAUGGUUGAAGAACCAUCCUCAGGUACGACCAGGAGGUGUAGGAGUCUUAGGAAUUUCAAAAGGAGCAGACAUUAUUUUACUCCUUGCUGCAAACUGUCCAGAUGUAGCUGCAACCGUAUGGGUGUCUGGUCACCAUGGAUUAGGUGUCUAUCCCAUGUAUUACCAGGGAAAGCCUUUGGACUUCUAUAAGUUUGUGCUCUCAAGAUCAGUUGUCAAAGCAGAUGGAAGCCUUGUUUGCAGGGAUUGUACACCAGCCUUUGAUGAUGUAAAAGCAACUCCAGUAGAAAAUAUCAAGGGACAGUUACUUUUGGUAUAUGGUGCAGAUGACCAAAAUAUGGACUCUGAAUCUUCUGCUACAAAAAUCUAUGAGAGAAUGAAAAGAUUUGGUAAAGAGGCUCAGUGCUCCUUGCUUGGUUACCAUGGUGCUGGACAUUUGAUUGAGCCACCUUACAUUCCUCAUGUGAAUAUGAGUUACCAAAAAUCGUUUGAUAUUUGUCUCAAUUGGGGAGGGGAAACCAAGGCACACGCUGCGGCACAGGAGCAUUUUUGGGCUAAAACACUAACAUUUUUUAAAGAGAAUUUGCCUCAAAAUCCAUCAAGCAAACUAUGAUCGUGUUUAGACCCGAUUCGCUCCCCAAAGCCAUGACCAUUGUCUGUCCAUUUAGGAGCCUUAGAAUAAUACACACAGUAAAAAGUACAGUGGUACCUCUGCGAAGUGGACAUCCUUGGGACCUUGCCUGGGGUCCACUGAAUAGAGGUUUGUGAUAAAAUAAAUACAAUGUUUCUGAUGUCAGUGA